UUUUUUCUCUUUGUUCAUAUUCUAAAAAAUAUUUCAUCAAUGGCAUCUACCAAAUUAGUUAAAGUCCCCGCCAUUGAUUUUUCCAAUUAUCAAGAGCUAAAACCAAACACUCCAUUAUGGGAAUCCACAAAAAUUCAUAUUUUUGAAGCUUUACAAGAAUAUGGUUGUUUUAAAGCAAUAUAUAAACUUCCAAAUGAAAUGAAAGAUGGAUUAUUGUUUGGUAGUUCAAAAGAAAUAUUUGAAUUUCCUUUAGAAACCAAAUUGAAAAAUUUCUCAGAAAAACCAUUACAUGGCUACAUGGGGAUGAUUCCACAAUUGCCAUUGUAUGAGAGUUUAUGUAUUCCUGAUUUGCUUAAUCAUCAAAGUCUUGAAACUUUUUCUAAUAUCUUUUGGCCUCAUGGUAAUCAACAUUUCUGCGAUUUGGUAAAAUCUUAUUCUAAUCCACUUAUGGAAUUGGAUAAGAUGUUGAAAAGGAUGAUUUCGGAGAAUUUGGGAUUAAAAAAUCACAUUGAUGAAUUGUUGAAUACCAAUUAUUUCCUAUUUAGAUUUACACAUUAUAAGGGAUCAUCAAUUAUUAGUGGAGAUGAAAAUAAUAAAAUUACUGGAUUGGGUGGCCACACAGAUGGUAACUUCUUAAUUUUUAUAUCACAAAAUCAAGUCAAUGGAUUGCAAAUCAACAAAAAUGGAGAGUGGAUUGAUGUGAAUAUUUCACCAAAUUCUUGUGUUGUUUUGGCUGGUGAUUCCUUCAAAGCAUGGACAAAUGGUCGAUUACAUUCUCCUCUCCACAGAGUAACAAUUGCCGGAGAAAGUGAUAGACUUUCUAUUCAAUUAUUUUCAUUAUCAAAACCAGGUCACUUCAUCGAGGCACCAAAAGAACUGGUGGAUGAAGAGCACCCUUUACUCUUCAAGCCAUUUGAAAUUCUUGGAUUAUUUGGGUAUGCUGCCUCAGAAGCUGGCUAUGGAGCUCCUCCCAGUGAUCUUUUCAAGGCAUAUUGCGGUGUUUGAUAUGCUAAUUGUGAAUUUCUGUUCCUAUCAGAAUACCGUUAGUAUAUAUGGGAUUUCUGAUAGAACAUUUGCCGGAAAUGUCUUCAAAGAGCCACCCUUUCCAAUGGGUUUCCUUGGAAGUUCAUUUUUUUUUUAGUAGUAAGCAUCUUAUGUUUGAAUUGCUGCAGUUGGUAAUUUAUGUUUAAUUUGUUUGUGGUUGUUUGGGCAAAUAUUUCCAAUGGGUUUCGUUGGAAAUUCAUGUCUUUUUAGUAGUGUGCAUCUUAUGUUUGGAUUGUUGCUGUUGGGAAUUCAUGUUUAAUUUGUUUGUGUUUUUUUGG